UGCUCUUCCUGGAGGGCUGUGGAUACAGGAUGUGGGUCCGUCCCCAGUUCCAGAGCCAAGGCCCCAGGGAGCCGCCCAGCUGUAGAGGCAGCAAGUGAGAAGAGGGAAGGACGCAGGUGGCAGGGCCAGCUGGCAGCCAGAGGACGCCUACCCAGGAGCUGACCUGGAAGUUGUUUGUUUGACCUACGACCCCAUGCUGAGGGACCGACCCCAGCCAUGACCGAUGCCCCACGGGGAGUCGCCCAUUCAGCGGCGAGCGCCAUAUCCGCCCCGUUGACCUCGGCGUUGCCCCGUUGACCUGCCUCAAGGAGAGCUCCCGGGGGCUGCUCUUGUGGGACCAGCUGACUCCGAACCAGGGCCAAGCAGACGCCGACCCUCAAUGGUCAUGACAACGCCCGUCACGGCCGCCCAACUGGAGGGCCCUUGACCCGGAAGUUCUCCCACAACCUUGGCCGGCCCAUGGCCAAGGAGACUUGGCCAACCCUGAGCGUCACCCAGAAGUGGUUCCCGGUGGCCAAGGUCCUGCCAAUCGCAGCGGCUCCAGGGCAGGAAACCUGCCCCCACCCCGGCCCUGGGAGCGGGUUGACGGUGGGUUGCCCUGGCCCCUCCAGCCCGUGACCUGACGUCGAGCCUCUGACCCAAAGGCCGAACUCAUGACGCCACCCAGGAGAGAUCCAAGGCAAUGCAGGCGUCCUGGCUCCCAGCCCUCCAUGGAUUCUAUCCAGACCCCACCAGGCCCUGCUCUUCCCGGCUGAGUGGGGGAGGAGAGGGCUGUGGAUACAGGAUGUGGGUCCGUUCCCAGUUCAAGAGCCAAGGCCCCAGGGAGCCGCCCAGCUGUAGAGGCAGCAAGUGAGAAGAGGGAAGGACGCAGGUGGCAGAGCCAGCUGGCAGCCAGAGGACGGAGCUCAGUCCAGGUGGGUGCCUGGAAUUGGGAGCAGCAGCCAGGGUGCAUCCCGGAGCCCCGGCCCCACACCAUGGACAUUCUGGAGAAGGACGCCUGCUACCCCCCGAAGUUUGCAGCUGAUGCCAAGAGCCGCCUCCUCAACCUGCUGCCGUUCCUGGCCUCCUGCGGCCUGUACUUCGCCCUGUGGCUGCCGGAGCCCAGCUGGGUCAGCGCCGGCGUCAAGAGCCUCCCGGUCCUGAGCCUGGUCUGGUUCCUGACGGCCCAGGCCUGGGGUGACGGCGCCUGGACCCCGGCCGCCCGCCGGAUCUGCUGGGGGCUGAUGUUCUCCAGCGUGGGAGACGCCUGCCUGGUCUGGCCCCAACUAUUUAUCCCAGGGAUGGUGGCCUUCGCUCUGGCUCACGUCUGCUACAUCUGGGCCCUGGGCCUGCGUCCCGCCCGCCCCUGGCUCCUGCUGCUGCUGGCGCUGGGCUGGGCCGGGGCCUACGCGACGCUGUGGCCCUGCCUGGGGGGCCCCUACGUGCCGGCCGUGGGGGGCUACAGUGCGCUGCUGGCGGCCAUGGCCUGGCGGGCCCUGGCCCGGCCUCCCCCCCACCUGGCCGUGGCCACCGGCUCCCUGCUCUUCAUGGCCUCCGACCUGGUCCUGGCCUGGGACCACUUCUGCGCCCCGGUGCCCCAGGCCCGGCUCAUCGUCAUGGGCAGCUACUACGCGGCCCAGGGGCUGAUCGCAGGCUGGGCCCCCCGCGCCAGCCCCCGCUGGAAGGAGACCUGAGCCGGGCACCCGCCACCUCUGACCCCAGGGGGCAGCCGGCAGGUGGCACCCACCACCUGUGACCCCAUCAGCGCCAACCCGCCUGUGACCCCAGUGACCUCUGACCCCAUCAGCGCCAACCUGCCAGUGACCCCAGCGACCUCUGGCCCCUUCAGGACCAACGUGCCCGUGACCUCUGACCCCAUCAGUGCCAACUGGCCUGUGACCCCAGCAACCUCUGACCCUGUCUAUGCCAACCCAUUGGUGACCCCAGCGAGCUUUGACCCCUCAGCCAACCUGCUGGUGACCCUGGUGACCACUGACCCCACCAGCGCCAACCCGCCUGUGACCCCAGCGACCUUUGACCCCAGGGCCAGCAGGGACCAGCUGUCCUGGGUGUUGGUUCGUUGACCUGUGACCCGAGGGUCUAGAAGCGCCAACCUGCCCAACUAAUGACCUGGACGUAAUUUCCCUGAUCUUUGACCCUGCUUAAGUGCCCGUGGGCACAAUUACAGCUGCUUUGAAUUCA